AUGUGCAAUACAUUAAAAGGAUACAGAAAUGAAGUAGUUUUGCCUUACAUUUUCUUUCCUCGGAGCGGGUGUUGGUCUUACGCUGGAAGAGUUGAGAGUGAAGAUAAAGUUCCUGGUCAACAAAUUCUACAUGCUGACGAGGGUUGCGAACAUGAACAGAGCAGACCAGAUCGCGACAAAUAUGUGACAGUCAUGGAAAGAAACAUCAUGGACGAUCAAGAAGUACAAUUAGAACCAAAGUCUAAAGAAGAUGUUGACAGCAUGGGUUAUGCUUAUGACUUUGAGUCAAUUACACAUUAUGGCAAGUAUUUUUUUUCGAGAAAUGGGAGGAAAACAAUAAAGCCAAAAAGGAAAUAUCGUAAGUUCGCGAAAAAAAUGGGGCAAAGAUCUUAUCUGAGCUUAAUAGACCUUGCACAGAUGAGAGCGAUGUACAAAUGUAACAAGAUUCCAAGUGUGGAAAGCAAAAAAAUGUGUGUUAGCAAGAAAACUAAAGGUCGUGAUUACAGAGGUAAGUUAGACUACACAGAACAUGGAGUUAUGUGCCAAUCUUGGAACCAUCAAUAUCCACACUCCCAUAAUUAUACUUGCAAAAAGAAAAGAGAAGGGCUUGGAAGACACAACUAUUGUCGCAACCCUUUUGGUCAGAAAGAACGGCCAUGGUGUUUUACGACAUUAACUGGUACUGCACCUGUAUGCCAAACAUUUAGUUCCAUACCUCUUAAAGCUUCAGAUAUUAGCAAUUACUCAAAACUACCCCUAAAUACCAGAGAUAGGAUAAUGCCGAUGUUAGGACAAAAGUGUGACGAUCAUUUUCCUGCAAAUGCCCGCUGA